GUUGUCAGUGGCUAUUUUUUACUCUGAGAAGGCAGGUUUUGAGUGUACAAAAGAACAUCAUAUAAAGAACGUCUACACAUUUUAAUGGGUUGAUUAAUGCUGAUUUAGCUACAAAAAGAUCUAGAAGUCUAGAUCAACAAGUCUUUCUCCUGACGAUGGCUGGAUGAUUCAUUUAUGUUUGGCUGUUUUUCUUUGCUGUGUUGGCGAGAGAAUUUAAAGUCAAAGAAGUGAAGACAGACUUAUACAGUCGUGUUGAGCUCACUGGAGAGAAACUUGAUCAGCAUGUUGCUGACUCUCUGCAGUCAGUGGAAUGGACCAAACGAAACAUUUCCAUUUAAACAAUAACACCCUCAUUCUGGAGAAUGUUACAGCAAAGGAUGAAGGAGUCUUCGUGGAAACUGUAGUUCUAAGAAAUGGAACUACAAAAUGCCUAAACUUUAAAUUAAUUAUUCAACACCCUCCAAGUGUGACAGAAAUUGUGGUCUCCUGGACCUCCAACACAUCUGUGACUCUCAAAUGUAAAGUAAGCGGUUCAUUUCUGCAUCUGAUGUGGAAGAGAGAAGGAGUCCCUAUUUUAGAGAAACACAGACACUCAUUAAGUGAGGAGAACCAAACUCUACACAUCAGCAACAUAACCAACUCCGAUUACGGGACAUACAGCUGUACUGCUUCAAAUGCAUAUGGAGAAUCAGAAACGCACACAAAUAUAACCAGUGAAAACUCAACUGUUAACCAAGAAACAGGUACUAGUGGUAAAACUGAUCAUACUGUGCUUUUAAGUGGACUUACACUCACAGGUGUUUUGGGACUGCGCAUCAUGUUAUACUGCCUUCACAAAUACCAUCACAGACAAAGAGUAGAAAAGUGCAGAACUACAGAUGAAGGGGAUGCAGACAAUGUCCAUGGAAUUUAUAAGGUCUCAGCUGCUGCACAACACUUCGAGGACUUUGGUUACUCAUGCAGGGAGGAAACAGCCGUUCUGUAUUGUGUCACUAAUGAUCAGCCGAAAGCAUGUCCUGAUGCUGGAGAGGACAAAUAGUAUAAGAGCCUGCAAAGACACAAAAUAGAUGAAGUUGGCCCUGCUGCUGACAAAGAAACACUGUUUUAUAUUAGGCUGUAAUUAUAUUUUAAACCACAACCACAAUGACAAAUAGAAGACAAAAUAACAAGAUAUACUGUACCAAGUUCAGAUAACCAUAAUGUAACAGAACCUAGCAGCAUCACCACACCAUGAAUACAAACAAUGCCUUUGCAUUUAUUUUAAAUGCUAAACAUUUUUUUCUUUUUUUUAAUUAAAACAACCAUGGCUUGGUCUAGCAGUUAUUAUUAUUAAUAUUCUAAAGUGUGUAUUAAUAAAUGUUCAUAUCACUUCUCUUUUUUAUGCAUUUCAAGAAAAAAAUUAAAUAACUGGAUUUGUGGCUUAUUUACAAAGACCCUAGGCCUAUGCAUGUUAUGUUUCCUCUCUAUAAACCAGAGAAAUCACUGUAAAAUAUCCAUUUACUGAACUAAACUACCAGUCAAUAGUUACGAUUUUUUGUUAUUUUUUUAAAGAAGUCUCUUCUGCUCACCAAGCCUGCAUUUAUUUAAUCCAAAAUACAGCAAAAACAGUAACAAAAAAAACAAAAAACAAAAAAAAAGUGAAAUAUUUUUUAUUAUUUAAAAUAACUAUUUUGUAUUUCAAUAUAUUUUGAAUGUAAUUUAUUCCUGUGAUCAAAGCUAAAUUUUCAGCAUCAUUACUCCAAUCUUCAGUGUCACAUGAUCCUUCAGAAAUCAUUCUAAUAUGAUGAUUUGCUGAAAUGUAAUUAUGCUAAAAAUUCAGCUCUGAAAUCACAGGAAAAAAAUUACAUUUAUAAUAUAAUAAAUAGUACAAAUAUUUCACAAUAUUACUGUUUUUGCUGUACUUUGAAUCAAAUAAAUGCAGGUUUGGUGAGCAGAACAGACUUCUUUAAAAACAUUAAUAGUCUUACUGUUCAAAAACUUUUGACUGGCAGUUUAUAA